AGAUGAAUCCAGUUUUGAGGCUGAAGAAACUACUGAAGCUGAUGAACAAGGUGAAGAGGCUCUUGCUGAGGAGAAUGACAAUGCUGAGGAGAAUGACAAUGCUGAGGAGAAUGACAAUACUGAAGUGGCCAGCAAUGAGGAUAACGUCAAUGAAGAGGGUUGCAAAUGGCGCUACAAAAACGUUCGUUCCUAUUAUUAUGUACCCCAGUACAGGACCAUACGCUAUAGGCGUUGCUAUCCAGUGCGUAGAUCAUAUAAUUGCUCUAAAUACGUGUGGAAGACUUACCGUGUACCUAUCAAGAAGAGAUACUGCACCUGGAAAAUCAUUGAAGGCACAAGGAUCCGCGACUGUCACCGAUAUGUCACCAGAAGACGUUAUGUUUUAGUGCAUGCUAGGUGCACUAAGACCAUCUGCAGAUAUUUGCGACAAUCCAUCAGAUAUUGCUAUGGCUAUAUUCGCCGUACAAGGUACACUCGCAAGCGUUACUGUUUUUAAACUCAUGAUGGGAUACAGUCAUUAUUAACUAACUAAACUAUUGUAGUUGCUGUUUUAGUAUCUUUUUUUGCAUAAAUUUUUUAUUAGUUAUUUUUGUCAGGCCUUUAUUUUUUGAUACCAAUAAUAUUCUGUUACUUAAAGAAGAGUUGAGAUCAAAUACAAAA